AUGACUAGUACUACGAUGGCGAGUAGUACAACGACUACUAGUACAACUACUUCGACAACUAUCAGUACAACCACAACAACAGCAUACACAUCUCCAAAUCAAUGUGGAGGCAUUUCGCAAACUUCUCUAUGGACCGUUUACGAUGCAACUUCAAUUACGAUGGCCUUAGAUACAAGAAAAUGUAAUUUUACUGUAGCGCCCGCCUAUUUCACAAGUAUUGGCGGUAUCGAUAGACAACGUUACUUACGUGGUUACAACAAUAUAUAUGGUCCUACGACGACUACUUUUCGCAUUUAUAUUCAUUCGCUGUUAGGUGAAAGUUCAGCAAUUCUGCUUAAUUAUUCACAAACGUAUGCUUGGACUAUCUAUUGGUUUGGAUCAAAAUACACAAAUCAAACCAAUCAAUCUGCAACAGAUCCAACUUUUUGCAAAGGUACUGGACUUUCUUCACAGGCACUAUGGUAUGCAUACGAUAACUAUACAAUGACAAUGAAUGUUGACACAACAAUAUGCAAUCUUAAUGAAACUCGUCUCUACUUUACCAGUUUGGGUGGUACCGGUAAUCAUUAUCUUAUGCAGGCAUAUAAUGGUAUAUACUCUACGACAAUUAAUUCCUUUCGAGUGUACGCAAACUCAAUGCUUGGUUGGAGCGUAUCAAAUAUGCUUAGUUAUGCUUCAUCAUUGGCUUGGAAUCUCAAUUGGUUCGGUAUGUUUCACUUGAAGCUCAUAUGUUUGAUAGCAGUUUAUAGGUUAUGA